AUGAUAUUUUUUUUUGUAUUUAGAAUUUUGACAUCGAGGUUUUCGAAUAUGGAAGUUGAAGAAAAUAAUCAGCCUGAACCAUAUAACUUUUAUUUUACCAAUGAUAUUUUUACUACGGGAGCUUACGGAAGCAAAUAUUCUUAUUACGACAAUAAACAGAUGAUGAAUGAUGAUAUAAUUAAAAAACCAGAAUCGAUGUUUGUAAAAGAAAAUUUUUUUUUAGAUAGUAAUCUUGAGAAAGAAUUAGUGACAAAUUUUUCAGAACUAAUAGCUAAUAUGUCACACAAGAAAAAUACUCUUCCAAAUACUCAAAAUUCAUUGAAAGUUGUAAAUUGCGGUAAAUUAUAUUCUGAAAAUUGUAGGCUAAAUAAUUUUGAUGCAAUAGUAAAUUCUUUAGAUGAAAAUAACACAUCGGGUAAAAAACGAUUAUUUGGUAUCAAUGGAUGUUUUGAUCACUCUACCGCGAAUAAAUAUUUGCUACUUAAUACUUUAAAAAAGGUACACGUAAAAGAUAAUGCAACGGCUUUUGAUCAUAAUAAAAUUCUAUGUGAAGAAGAAAAUUUAAAUUUUACUAAAGAGCGAUAUGCUAUACAACAGAAUAGCAGUAAUAAAAAAGAACACUUCAGAGAAAAUGUGAAAAUUGAUGAUGCUUCGCACGAGUUUUUAAAAGAAAAUUCUGAUUGUUACAAUUUAAGAGAUAGUUCUGAAUGUACAUCUUCCCAAGAAUUUAAUUCUUUAGAUAAUAUCGUAAAUGGAAGAGAAAACAGCUUUUUGACUUUUGAAAGAUUUAAUGGACCUUUAGAACCCCAUGUUUCUACAGUUGAAAAAUGUACUGAUAAACAGUUAAAUACAGCUUGUAAAAAUUUAAAUUAUGACGAGUGCCAGGAUUUAAAUUCAAUAAGUAAUGAUUCAGUUUGUAAUAGAAAAGGCUUGUUAUUUUGUCAAUUAGAAACUGACUUCUUAAAUAUACUGGAAAUCUAUCAAAAAAAAUUUCAUGAAAUAUUUCAGGUAAAAUUUUUAUUUAAUAAUUAUAGCGGAUUUUGUUUGAAAGGAUCCAAUAUUUCUAGAAAUAAAGGUUAUGCUAGACUUAAAGGUAGAUUUUGUUAUCAUUAUAAGAUAAUUAAGCGUUACAUUUAUGUAACUUUACAAAAUGAUAUUUUAAGUAUUAAAAAUCUCAAUUUGGCACCUUGUUGCAAUAAUUGUAUUCUUAAAUCUUUAGUAUUUGUACAAGAUGUGUUUCUAUAUAUUAUUGACAUCAAGAAUUUUUUCAAUUUAUCGAAUGUUGGUUAUUCAGAGCUUAUUUUUAAUGUUAAGCUGGCUAAAAGUAAUUUAAAUCAUAUUUUUUCAAAAAUAGGGUUUUCCAAUAUUUUAAAAAAUAUAAAACGAAUAUUAUUUCAUAAAGAUUUUGCACCUAGGUUAUCAUCUCUUGGAGCUUUUGAUAUGAUAAAAAAAUUUGAGGCUAAUUAUAAAUCUGCUAUAAGCCAAAUUCGUGCCUAUGUCGGUCAGAUUGAGGAAUUGUUUCUAUUUUAUGAAAGUAUUGAUUUUGGAACAACCAGAAAAUAA